AUGUCAGAAGUACUUCCAGUCGAUUCCGGUGUGGACGCAUUGGCAGUGUUUAUGGCAAGCAGCAGCACGACGGACGUUGUGAACCGCAACAACCCCGCCACCCCGCCGAACACCCUUAACCUCCGCUCCUCUCAUAAUGAACUUCUGAAUGCAGAAAUUAGGCACACGGAGACCAAGAACAGCACUCCUCCGAAAUGCAGGAAAAAAUACGCGCUGACUAACAUUCAGACAGCCAUGGGUCUUUCCGAUCCAGCAGCACAGCCCCUUCUGGGGAACAGCUCUGCCAAUAUAAAGCUGGUGAAGAAUGGGGAAAACCAGCUUAGGAAAGCUGCCGAGCAGGGACAGCAGGAUCCCAACAAAAACCUCAGUACCACUGCGGGCAUAAACAUAACUUCUGAGAAGUCUGAAGGCAAAGAGCUGAUCCCACAGGAUUCCUCUGGCUGUGAAAUAUUACCCUCGCAGCCAAGGAGGACCAAGAGCUUCCUGAAUUACUAUGCAGAUCUGGAGACAUCUGCUAGAGAGCUAGAGCAGAGUUUUGUUGCAAUGGAAGAUAAAUCUGCACACAGCAACAGCCAGGCUUCUACCGUUAUUGUCAAUGGGGAAGUCCUGCCCCGGAAACAAAACAAGCUGUCAAGCCCAGAGGAUGGCCAAGUUGCCACAGUGUCGUCAAGCCCUGAGACUAAGAAAGACCACCCAAAAACUGGGGCCAAAACAGAUUGUGCCCUCCAUAGGAUUCAAAACCUGGCCCCAAGCGAUGAGGACUCCAGCUGGACUACGUUGUCCCAGGACAGCGCCUCACCCAGCUCGCCCGACGAAACAGCAGAUAUAUGGAGUGAUCAGUCAUUUCAGACAGACCCAGACUUACCACCUGGAUGGAAAAAAAUCAAUGAUAUUGCUGGGAUCUACUACUGGCACAUACCAACAGGAACAACUCAAUGGCAACGUCCCGUGUCCAUCCCAACGGAUCUGCAGGGCUCACGGAAAGGAUCACUUGGUUCCAUUACUCCGUCUCCUACUCCAGAAACUGAGAAACAGCCAUGGAGUGAUUUUGCUGUACUGAAUGGGGGAAAGAUUAAUAGUGACAUUUGGAAGGACCUGCAUGCAGCCACUGUGAACCCAGACCCAAGUCUGAAAGAGUUUGAAGGAGCAACAUUACGCUAUGCCUCUUUGAAGCUCAGGAAUGGUCCACAAUCUGAUGAUGAUGAUUCUUGUAGCAUCAACAGUGAUCCAGAAGCCAAGUGCUUUGCUGUGCGAUCUCUGGGCUGGGUAGAAAUGGCAGAAGAAGAUCUGGCUCCUGGAAAAAGCAGUGUUGCUGUGAACAAUUGCAUCAGACAACUCUCUUACUGUAAAAAUGACAUCAGAGACACUGUUGGCAUAUGGGGAGAGGGCAAGGACAUGUACCUUAUACUGGAAAAUGACAUGCUGAACCUGAUUGACCCCAUGGACCGCACAGUUCUUCACUCACAGCCCAUUGUGAGCAUCCGAGUGUGGGGAGUGGGACGUGACAACGGCCGUGAACGGGACUUUGCUUAUGUGGCCAGAGACAAAGACACAAGAAUUCUGAAAUGUCAUGUGUUUCGAUGUGACACACCCGCAAAAGCCAUCGCCACAAGUUUACACGAAAUCUGCUCAAAGAUUAUGGCCGAACGGAAGAAUGCUAAAGCUAUGGCUUGCAGCUCAUUGCAAGAGAGGGCAAAUGUCAGCCUCGAUGUUCCUCUGCAAGUAGAUUUCCCAACACCAAAGACAGAACUGGUACAGAAGUUCCACGUCCAGUACCUAGGCAUGCUGCCUGUAGCUAAACCUGUAGGAAUGGAUACUCUGAACAGUGCCAUUGAAAGUCUGAUGGCUUCCUCUAGCAAAGACGACUGGAUGCCGGUUACCAUGAAUGUUGCUGAUGCUACCGUCACAGUCAUCAGUGAAAGAAAUGAAGAGGAAAUCAUGGUGGAGUGUCGUGUGCGGUUCCUGUCCUUCAUGGGAGUAGGCAAGGACGUUCACACGUUCGCCUUCAUUAUGGAUACCGGAAACCAGCACUUCGAGUGCCACGUUUUUUGGUGUGAGCCAAAUGCAGGCAAUGUAUCAGAAGCUGUUCAGGCAGCCUGUAUGUUACGGUAUCAGAAGUGCUUAGUAGCCAGACCUCCUUCACAGAAAGUUCGACCGCCCCCACCUCCCGCAGACUCGGUGACAAGAAGAGUUACAACAAACGUAAAGAGGGGAGUGUUGUCCCUCAUUGACACUUUGAAACAGAAACGCCCAGUCACUGAGAUGCCGUAG